AGCAAAUAUUUAAAAUCAUCCCCUUCACAACCACCGCGAGAGUCGCCGCGCCUCGCCUCACCUCCUCGGACGGACUUGGCCGCGCCGCGCGAAACCUCACCUCACCUCACCACCGCUCCAAACGCGGGUCGCAACGCGCCGCGCGGCGCUGCCGCAUCGAGAGCUCUGUUUUUGCGGCCAGCUUUUUUAGGGUCUUAGCGCGGCCCGCCCCGGCGAUCGCGGGAGAAAGGACCGCCGGUCGCCGGAGUUCGGUGAGUGCCUGAUCUGCCCUGGUGCCCUGCAUCGCCUGUCGUUGUCGUUGUCUUUGUCUUCCGACGACCGGGCUCAGAGCUCCCUGAUCUCGAGGCUUCGAGAGCUGCGCGCGGGCUUUGGAUUGGAGCCGUGCGGAUCGAUCCGAGUCGAUCCGCCGGACAAAUUUGAAUCCGGAGGCAGGAUAUCCAUCGGCCUUCCUGAAUUGGGACGAAGCCGCGGGUACGAGAUUCGAAGAGAUUUUGGUUGGACACAGUUUUGCCCUGAAUUGGUUACAAGCCGAUUUGGCAACAGGGAAGCUCUGGAAUGGGAGAUCGGGCGGCUGCGGCGGAGAACGGGAGAUGGUGAGCGGAAGCUUUAGCCGGAGCACAUCCGCGCGGCUCACAGCGAGGGGCGGCGUCGGGAGCCCGCGGGUGUCGACGCCCGGAGCCGCGCACCGGAACUGGUACUGGGCGGCGGCGGCGCCGUCGGGGCCGUCGUUCGAUCGCGUCGUCUUGGCCUUCUUCCUGGCCUCCGUCGCGCUCGUGCUCUCCUGUGCUCUGUACCUCUACGUCUUCCGGUACUUGGGUCGGGGCCGUGUGGUCGCCGAGUUUGCCGGCGGCGAGAAUCUCGAGUCCUGCGACGUGUUCGACGGCGUCUGGGUGCCGGAUCAGGGGCACCCCUUGUACAACAGCUCGCAGUGCCCGUUUGCAGAGAGGGGGUUCAAUUGCCUGGCCAAUGGGAGGAAGGACACCGAGUACCUCAAGUGGCGGUGGAAGCCUCGGGGAUGCGAUUUGCCGCGGUUCAGUGCCCGGGCUUUGUUGCAGUGGCUGAGAGGGAAGAGGGUCGUGUUUGUGGGGGACUCCAUGAGCCGAACGCAGUGGGAGUCCUUCAUUUGCAUGCUCAUGACAGGGGUGGAUGAUCCACAGACGGUUUAUGAGGUUAAUGGCAACCAGAUCUCAAAGACAAUCCGGUUUUUAGGAGUGAGAUUUGAGACCUUCAACCUCAGUGUGGAGUUCUUCCGGUCCGUUUUCCUUGUGCAGCAGAUCCCUGCGCUUCGUCAUGGGCGCAGAAGGGUCCGUGCCAUCCUCAAGCUUGAUAAGUUGGAUGAUUUAAGUCAGAAAUGGGCAAACUCAGAUGUUCUUAUUUUCAACUCAGGGCAUUGGUGGACUGCCAGCAAAUUAUUUGACAUGGGUUGCUAUUUUGAGGCUGGAGGUGUGCUUAAACUGGGAACAUCCAUUAAUGCUGCUUUCAAAAUGGCAUUGGAAACUUGGGCGUCAUGGGUGAAAGAGAGAAUUGAUUUAAGGCGAACCCGAGUAUUCUUCCGUACAUAUGAACCGUCUCAUUGGAGUGGCUUGAAUCAAAAGGUGUGUGAAGUAACAGAACAACCUACAACUGAGGCCAAUGGAAAUGACAGGAGAGAAUUUGGUGAUAUACUUGCUGGUGUUGUGGCAAAUAUGAGUGUCCCUGUGACCAUACUAAAUGUGACUUUGAUGGGGGCCUUUAGAAGUGAUGCUCAUAUUGGCCUUUGGAGUCAUCCUAACACCAUACUUGAUUGCAGCCACUGGUGCCUUCCAGGAGUUCCAGAUGCUUGGAAUGAGCUUGUAUUUUCCCACCUUUUGACGAAUGGUUGGCGAGUGCCGGCUAGCUGACUAUUGACAUGCUUUUACUAAAGGCAGAAAGAACAUUGUGGGCUUGCGCGUUUGCAUCAGCGCCUGCUCCGGUGCUCCCCUGUCCUCAGUUCAGCCUGUGGCCGGUGCGCCGACCAUUUCUGUUUGGUCCUCACGACCUCACGGGGGGUUGAGAAAAACCACCCUCCAUUCCGCGGCCAUGCUAUGCCAUUAUCCCGUGGGGGCGUGGGUAAAGAGCUUCUUGGACGGUUGGACCUUCCUUGGCAGAACCUCCUUCACAUGACAGAUCAAACAAACUCUGCCUAUGCCGCUAUUGCUAUGUGGCAGCAGGCCACGGUGCGAGGGUAAUAUAUGCUUGUCAACCUGUCGGCCGUCGCCGUAUCUCUUCGUCCAUUUCCAAACCGGCAGGCGGCAGCUAUCGCGCCAAAUUGACUAGUCAGGUUAUCAAUGCACCGGGACCGUUGUGGCAACCAGACAGUGCAAGGGGGGAAGUGCUUUCUGGCGUGCAUGGUUGUGCAAUUUAGCAGUGUCCCUGCCGUGCCGUCGACGUUCGCCGGAGCUCUGGCCGUCUCCGGUUGCGGCUCCUCCGUUUACUAGUAGCCGUUCCUGGUUGCAGCUCCUCCGUAUUUUAGUAAGAAAAUGUUUUUUUUUAAAGUCGAUGAGGUCAUUAUUUUUAGCUUCAUCAGCUCUAGCUCCUCCGUGCAUUGUAGCAAAAGCCAAAAGCACUAAGAACUAUGCUAAAUAAGACCAAAUUAAGAAGUAAUUGGCCAUGUUCAUUUGAGCUUAUAGAUUGUUUUUAACUCGAGAUUGGGUAGGCUGAAAAAAGAGCCAUUGUGAAUA